ACGAGCCGACCCAGCUUAACACUUUGCUCGAGCGAUCCAACGCCGAAAUUAAAAACAAACAUGGUUAAACCUCGGAAACGACGAUUCCAUUUCAUCGAAAGUGAUUCGGACACAUCAAAGUGAGGGUAAAUGGGGGGAUGAAAGACUGGACUCUUGUCCAUACCAUACGAUGAUUUCAAUUUUGCGACCUCAUAGUUCUUGUACUGUGCAUCAUGUGGAUGCCAACUGAUUCCAUACACCCCAAAACAAGAAAGUUACUUUGUGACAAGUAGAGAAUAAAGUAUCAACUGAAAAUUCUAGGGGAAUCAUUGUGGAAGGCUACAUCAAAGUCCCAGAGGGAUUGUUGUUAAAAAGAGUAUCAAAAUCGUAGGGGAUCAUAGAUGAAGAGAAUAUCAAAAUCCCAGGGGGGAUUAUUGUGGAGGUUAUCAUCAGACCCUAAGGGAUAAUUAUUAAAAAGAGUGUUGAAUCGUAGGGGAUCAGAGAUCCUCGGAGGAUGCAGUAAGAAACCAAUCGUGUUUCCCUCAGGCUUGGACAUCUCAAACAAAGUCUGCUCGUCUCUACUGAAUUAGGUCUACAAGAAAACAGGGGGGCGGGACAUGAGAUAUCAUUGUUCUCGGAGUAUCAGACAUGGUUAGUAAUUUUAGAUCGAUUCCCAUUGAAAUAAGGGAACUCAAUUUCCUAAUCUGAUUAUCUUCUGUAACUGUGUUAUCAAGAUAUCUUUUAGAGAGAACAGUUAUUACAGUGCUUCAACGAGAAACGAAGACAAAGCUUAACGAAUGGGACACGUUCUGCGAAGUCAAAAUCCUGAAUUCAGUCAGGAGUGCGGAGCUAAAUGGGCCAUGGCCAACUAGUCAUUAUUUUAACAUCAGUGUACGUCUUGGAGAGCAAGACACUAGAUGAUCUUGCUGCGAGUAUGUAAUGUAAUUGCCAGCAGAUAUUGGUCGAGCCUCAGAGUUAGAUGGGGCCGUCUACAUUGGCAACAUGAGGAAGAGUUGAAGACCAGACCAACACAGUCAUCUUAGUGCGAUGAAAAAACGAACAUGGCUAAAUUUAAUGACUGGAGAAGGCCUUGAAAGGUGUUAAACGACCCUCUUAGAGAUAAUUUCAGCAAAAAGAGUGACAAAAAUUCAUUCACACGACCCAAGCUUGUCACAUUUAUUCCUUUAUUGAAGGAUUAACGGCAAUAUCGAGGAACAAUGACCCCAAUGGAAAAGCUGAAUCGCGUGUAUCAUUUUACGUCGGCAACUUUUACGUAUGCCAAGAUCUUUCUCAGUGUCCAUCAAUCUUGUUUACUCCGCGGCUCGUUGUUAGAAUCGCUCUAAUGGAUAUGUCUUCAUACAUUGGUCGUGAAAGCAACACCGUAACUUUGUACGGGCCGACAUGGUAAACACGACACUGUUUUAAAGUCAUAACAUUAACUAGGAGUAAUCUUGUUUUAUGAAAAGUACUCCCCCAUCAGCGGUGGAACACACCGCAGAUUACUAAAACUACAGCUGAGAUUAAAACCAAUCAAAGUUACGUGACUGAAGAGCAGGGAAACGGAUUAUACGUACAUUACGUCUAAGUCCACACGCUGAUCUGCUGGUAAUGAAAGCUUGUCAAAAAGUUGUACAAAGUGUAAAUAUACAUUAAGUAAAUUACAUUCUUCGGGCUUUUGAAACUGCUCAACAAAAGGUCGUUUAUUCCAAUAAUGCCGUGCGUGGUAAACAACAUUUUUCAUCUCUAGCCUUUCUCACAAAAUAUCGUGUAAAAUUUCACCAUGUCCAUUGUCCCAGCGAAAGCAAAUCUGAGCUUCUCCAUUGAAAACAUUCUUAAGGAAGAAAACUCUUCGGAAAGCUCUUAUUUAUCUAGACCUGAUGAUAAUAAUGAUAAUAAUGAUACAAUAACUCUUCAACAAGGAACCUCUUCGCCUGAGAGAUCUUUGAACAGCGAUCUUCCAUGGCUGGCUUAUACUCGUUAUUGUCCGCCCAAAAUCCCAAGUAAGUGAUAUGAAAUCUGUGUUUUCGUGUGGAUUCUCAGAGGUGAACUUGUCAAUGGCUGUGAUAAAGUUGAAGGUUUGUAAUUUUCAAUUACGAGCUUCAAAUAAGUAAAUUCAAGGAAAAAUGACUUAAAUUUUGAAAUAAUAGCAACAACAAAAAAUACAGGACUAAAUAAAGCUGAAGAGAUCUCCAUCCAACUGCUUUGAUAUUGCAGAUAAAUAUCGGCCACGUUUGUAAGUUUCGGGAAUUGAAAAGGGUGUUAAAUUUUUCCAAAACUCUAUCAGACGACCCCUGUUUUACACCUCGUGGAACGGCCACGUUUGUAAGUUUCGGGAAUUGAAAAGGGUGUUAAAUUUUGCCAAAACUCUAUCAGACGACCCCUGUUUUACACCUCGUGGGACAACUCAGACAGCUGCUGUAUAUCUCUUGAUUUGAAAACGAGAGACCAAAUUAAGAAAUAAGACCUAAUGAGACUUUUUCUUUCAUAGGGUCAAGAAAUCGUAAAACAGUUAACAAGCGGAAAGUAAGUGGGGGUCCAAGAGUACCAUUCUCGUCAGAACAGCUACUGGAGUUGGAGAAAAACUACGAGGACACUCAUUAUGUUACUGCAGCCAAAGUUUUACAACUUUCUAGCAAGUUAAAACUUCCAGGAAACCGCAUCAAGAUUUGGUUUCAGAACCGUCGUGCACGGGAAAAAAAGAAGGCUAAGAAGCUGGGAAAUUAUGAGAACCAACAUCUUACUGCAACCGAGAUAUGUGCCGAGACCACCCUUUCACCUCAUGAAAAAAUCGGUCAGAAUAGAAGCUGUUUAUCACAAUUUUACCCUGCUCCUAUUGGGAGGAGAGAGUCCGCUUUCUCUCCAAUGUUUAUGUCUCAGUUAGCUCGUACCGGUUGUCCAUUAAAGAGGAAUCUCGCAUGGCCUGGUACAUCAAACGUGCCUCGGGUCCUUAACCUAAAGUACAUUAACUGCGAUUUGUACAAAAGACUCAGUUGUUUUGUUCAAUGUACAUAGUAUGUGAGAUGUCCCUACAACAAACAACUGUUGAGUGUGAAAAACUUUAGAAAGAUAAAUUUGAUUCGUUGACAUUUAAUAAAGAAGAUAGUAUACUUUGAUUGAAAACUGUCUUCAAACCUUUCUUUUGACUCUCCUUUUAAACGGC